CAACUAUUUUCGUCAAUCGCAAUUCGCAGGUAACUACCGUGAUCUCCCAAUCAGUAGUUUGAACGAUACGUAAAUCUUCAACUCGUAGAAGAAGCAAUCUAGAGAGUUCAAACCCAGACCUGAAAGUCUCAUCCUCGACACCGUCGCUCUCGGCCCGGCCCUCAUCAAGCACUUGGCUUCCUGCAGUGCCCCCGUCCGAUUCAUAGCUUUGAGGCUGAUCAAGGUAUGGCAGCUGAGUCAAUCUGAAACAGCCGACGACCAUAUUUUCUCUUACCUUGAAUUAUUUCUCUAUUUUUCUCGUCUCUCUGAAACGUGAAAGGAUUGUGAUUGACGGCUUGAGGCUCGAUAAAUUUUACUUACUUGUUAGAAAAUUCAUUUACUCAAUUUUCUCUCUUUGCAAGAAACAUAGCUGGAAUGUGGAGCUUCUAACUAGAUGAGUUGGACUCGGGGUUUUUGGUGGUGUGUUAAAAGUUGAUGUUGUGACUGCUGCAAUAAUUGGAUUAUCUAUCCUCAUGGUGACUGGAGUUAUCACUUGGAAGGAAUGCUUAGCUGAAUCAGUUGCUUGGGAUACUCUUACCUGGUUUGCUGCUCUCAUUGCAAUGGCUAAUUAUCUGAACAAAUAUGGCCUUAUCUCCUGGUUUAGUGAAACUGUUGUCAAGGUGGACAAGCAACCUUGGACCCCGGAUAUUGAAGAAGUUAAAUGCUAACAUAGAUCAAAGCAUGGGAUGGAAGAUCAUUUUUAAUGGUGAUGAUGGAUAUGAGGUCAAAUGUGGGAGCUGUCAAUACAAAGUCAGACUACACGCAAGCACGUGUUCAUGUAGAGCGUGGGAUCUAAGUGGGAUUCCUUGCCCGCAUGUCGUGUAUGCAAUUUCCUAUAAAGGUGAUGAUGCUGAGCAAUAUGUGGAUCAUUGCAAUUUCAAACAGGUGUAUCAAAGAAUAUAUUCGUAUCAUCUGCAGCCGAUGAAUGAGGAGUUAUUGUGGACUAGAACACAAAAUAAUGACAUUGUGCCUCCAAUUCCCAAAAAGUUGUCUAGCAGACCCAAGAAGAAAAGAACGCGGUAAGCUACUUAAGGGCCAUCGAAAGAGAAAUAAGAGAGUGAAAAAAGUGUCUGCCAAUCCAAGGAAGAAAAAAAGAAGUCCAACUGAAUCCCCAACAACCUAAUGCAGUCGGUCUUUUGUGCUUCAUAGUCCUAUUGAUGUCAUUGUGAAACCCCAAAGUUGUACUGCUUUUUUGUAAUUUGUUUAAACUUAGCAGUGCUUGUGAAGCAUGUACUUGUGUGGUGUUGUUCUUGGAACAUAUUCGUAGCUAAACUUAUUUUUUAAUGUCAGUGUGCUUGCUAUUAAGUUUGAUUUAGUCAACUUUACAAUCACGUAUUAUGCAUGAUUUUGUUGUUGUC